UUAGGUGUUCUUCAUUGAGUACUGUUAACUCUCUUUCUUUCUCUUGGAUAGAUGGAAUUAUGUAGUGAAUCAAAACCGCCGCCGCCGGCGGUGGUGAAGCUAAAAGCUAUUGAAGCUACCACAUCAUCUUUUGAGGAUUACGGCCAAGUAAUUGAGGCGUCGCCGGAUGGAGAUGAAUUCGGACCUCAAGAUGCCCAACUGGAUCUCAGCAAAGGAAUCCCAAGGUUCUAUAUCAUGCAUCUUGAAAACAGGCCACUUAAGUUCUCAACAAUCACACAUCAUGCUAGUGUGACUCAAUGCCUUGGUUCAAUAGGAGGCAAAGAUUGGUACCUUGGAGUUGCCAAACCAUCUAUUCUGGAGUCUGCUGAUGCCAAAACUUCUAACAACACAAAAGUCGUGCAAUCGCAUUCUGGGCAUCUUUAUGUGCCACCUUCUGUAGAUGAAUUGCGCGUUUUCAGAGUCAAAGGGUCUAAAUUUCUGAAGCUGAAUCGUGGUACAUGGCAUGCUGGACCUUUGUUCAAAGAAAAUGCUAUGGACUUUUACAAUCUGGAGUUGAGCAACACUAAUGUUGUGGAUCAUACAACACACUACUUCAAGAAGGAAGAUGGUGUGAUCUUUGAGAUUGAAGAUUGAGAAGGAUUUUAUUAAAGAGAAAAAAAGAAGAAGAGUUUUAGAUAAUUUUGUUCUUAAUGUUCAUUAAUAUAAUGACUGAAGUCUCUUUUAUGUUCAUCUUUGCUAAAACAACACUUUACUGUUUUCAGGUGUUCUUAGUUUGCUGAAUAAGAAUGUUUGAAAACCGGUUUUCAU